AUGUCUAUCGCCGCUCAGCUUGUCCGUCCCACAAUUCGGCACUUCUCUGUCCACCGUCCUCGUCCGGAUACGCGAGCCUCUCGAUUCGUCGCCAUGUCCUGCCUAGUCUCCGCUGUGGUAGUGCCCUUCAUCCCACCGGCUCUCGAAAGCUCCCGCGAGAAGAAUCUGGGGUACCCCAACCAUAACAAACCUCAACCCCCUCUCUGUUUCCAUGCCCGCUAG